AUGCGUUUCUUCAAGUUCGUCACCUCAGCUUCUUUGGUAGGCCUUUCCGCUGCCUCUCCUUUGGGCCAUGAGCACGCUGCUCACAAGCGUGAUGUUGUGUACGUCACCAACGUCCGCACCAGUACUGUUUACGGUGCUGCACCUCAAAGUAUUGGCGGUGCUUCCACCACUAUCGCUUUGGAUGCUUCAAACACAGUCGCUCAAGAGGCUGCUACUGCCACCACCUCAUUAUCUGCUGCCUCUGAUGUUUCCAGAGCUGCUGCCGCUCCUUCCGAAGCUGUGACCACCACUGCUUCCUCUUCUGGCUCUUCCGCUGCCGAGUCGUCCUCCAGCUCUUCUUCAGCUGCUGCUUCAUCCACUGGUAGUUUCGACGGCGGUGCUAAGGGUAUCACUUACUCUCCUUACUCGUCUUCUGGUGCCUGUAAGAGUUCUUCUGAGGUUGCCUCAGACUUAGCUUCUCUAACCGAUUUCAGCAUCAUUAGAUUAUACGGUGUUGACUGUGACCAAGUCUCGAGCGUCUUGCAAGCUAAGACUUCAGACCAAAAAUUGUUCCUAGGAAUUUACUACGUUGACCAAAUUGAGUCUGGUGUUGAAACAAUCAAAGCUGCUAUCGAGUCCUAUGGUUCUUGGGAUGAUGUUUAUGCUGUCUCUAUCGGUAAUGAAUUGGUUAACUCUGGUGAUGCCACCGUCUCUCAAGUUGGUUCCUACAUUGACUCUGGUAGAUCUGCUUUGACCUCAGCCGGUUACAGUGGUCCUGUUGUCUCUGUCGACACUUUCAUUGCUGUCAUUAACAACCCAGGCUUAUGUGACUACUCUGACUUCAUGGCUGUGAAUGCCCAUGCCUAUUUCGACUACAACACUGCUGCUGCCGAUGCUGGUACUUGGGUUAUGGAACAAAUCGAAAGAGUUUGGGGUGCCUGCAGCGGUAACAAGAACGUUUUGAUCACUGAAUCAGGCUGGCCAAGUCAAGGUGACACCUACGGUAAGGCUGUUCCAUCUAAGAGCAAUCAAGAAGCCGCUAUUUCUUCUAUUAAGUCUAACUGUGGUGAUGAUGUCAUUUUAUUCACUGCGUUCAAUGAUUUGUGGAAGGCUGAUGGUUCCCUAGGUGUUGAAAAGUAUUGGGGUAUCUUCUCUGAAUAG